CAGGAGUCUCAAAUUGACGAGGGCGGCCUAAGAAAAUACCCAGACAUAUUUGGUGAUACAGGGACCACCCACGUUAUUGUCAGAGAGAGCUUUUUUGCAUUAAAAGAUGCAUCCAAAUGUAAGAUUAAAUUAAAAAUCAGUGGCAAUGUUGCUAAUACGUAUAUUCAAUUUACAUAUGUGGAUUUUUGUGGGUUCUUGAGACCACCAGGAGAAAAAUAAAGAAAUGUAUGUUUUCUUAUGGGCAAGUUAAGCUCAGAUGAAAAUUUAAACAAAUACUGACAGUUAAGUGGAACUGUCCAAAAUGUUCUUAUAUGCAUAUUACUCUUGAGUUUUUAAGAAAAUGUUAUUUGUAUUAAUGUUCCAAAGAACAUUUUGCAGCAUUUUGUUUAAAAUCUUGUGUAACUUUUGGGGUAAAAAUGCUUGUAAAAUGGAAAGGGAGAGCACCUUCUCUGGGAAGUUGGUGGCCUUUCUACAGCCAAGGGGACAGCAGUGAGAAACAAUUUAGGAAACAGUGUGAUGUUGAGGAUGCUUUUCUUUUCUCAUCAAUCAACAUGAGACUUUUCUUUACACACCAAUCAACAUGAGACUUUUCUUUACACAUCAAUCAACAUGAGACUUUUCUUUACACACCAAUCAACAUGAGACUUCUUUUCACAUCAAUCACCAUGAGACUUUUCUUUUCACAUCAAUCACCAUGAGACUUUUCUUUACACAUCAAUCAACAUGAGACUUUUCUUUCCACAUCAAUCAACAUGAGACUUUUCCUUUUACAUAAAUCAACUUUAAACUUUUUUUCUCUUUAUUUUUCUGUCAGAUGAUGAUUCUAAGCAUUUGUAUGAAAUUUGCAGUUCAAAAGAGAGUUGGUUGAUGAUGGAAUUGCAACUUUUAAUUCACAAGGUUUGAAAAAAAUCUUCAUUCGAAGAAAUAAUAUGUUACUUUAAAAUUUAAUCUGAACCCUCUGUUAAUGUUUAUGUUGAAAUUAAAACAUGAUGAAUAUUUCCAGGGGCACUUGAUUUUUUUUUUUUUUUUGGUCCAGGUGAUACCUAAAAAGUACAAGGAAGAAAGAGCUCUUGAUUUAGUCAUCCUGGCAGUGUGUAACGAAGAUGUUGUUGGCCAGAGAGCUGCAGUCAUGCUUGAACUUUUAUUGUUAACUUCACCACAUCAAAAGUUCUCACACAAUGUUUUUGUAUGUUUUAAAGAGUUAAUUUUAUCAAUAUUUGAAAUUUUGCAGUCAGACUAUAUCUGCUUAAUUUCAGUUGGUCUGUCUAGAGAAGACCUUAAAAAAUGCUUGAUGGAACAAUUACAAAAAUGUGGUCCAUGUGUCCAGUUUUAUUUAUAUAUAUUAUUAUUAAACUAAUAUAAUGUGUGACACUAAAAUAAAAUAAAAUAUUAAAAAUUGAAUAAACAUUUCAAUGCAAGUAUAUGCUUUUCAAUACAUUUUUGUUGCAAAUGAAACUUUUUAUAUUCGCUGUAAUAAAAAUAUAUUGGCCUGUUUUAGAUUAUCAUUGAGAGUGUACUUUAUGAAGCACUGAGUGACCUGCGUGCAAGGAAAGAUGCAACAAAAAAGGCAAGAGCGAAGCAACUUACAAAUCUUUACAUAAUCACAAUCUGUGAAUGGAUCUCAAGCUGUCAGGACACAAGUCAAAUUAAUAUUUGUGAUAUGCAUAUGAGGACUUCAGUGGCGUACGUUAAACCUCAUAAUUAUUACAUAACAAAAAUAAAAUGGAGUUUUAUCAAAUUGUAUCAUGCAACCUCAAAUAUUUUCUGGUCUAAAUACUUUCUGUAAGCAAUUCUGUGAGUUUUAAGAUAUUAUAACAAAUUUGAAGAAGUUUAUAAAACAAAUUCCUGAAGAAAAACAAAAAAAUGAAAUAUUCCUAAUAGAGUAAUAUAAAAUAAAGUAGGGUUAAACUUGAAAAAAGUAACACAACAAAACAACAAACGUGUCGGUAGGAAGCCUUCUUCAGCAAACAAAUAUUGUGCUAAGCUGAUUGCAGUCUCUCCCCUUAUUACCCUAAUGAGAGUAACUUACAUUUAUUUAAAUUUUAUUAUUGCUUCCAAUGCUUUAUUCUUUUUUUUUAAAAUGGUCUUAUAAUUUUUAAUUCCAGUGGUCGAUCUAUGCCUAAGAAGGCUAAUGGUGUAAUUGAGGAAAGCUUUACCUACCUGGACAGCUUCUUGUCAGAAUUUAAGUCAAAUUGGACAUGUAACUAUUGGAAAAGACAAGUUGAUAAACUAUUCAAGAUCCAAAUGAAUGGAGCUGAGUCUGUUAAAGAACGUGAAAAAAUUGUCGGGAUCUCAGUGUUGUUUGCCUACCAAUGUCUGAAAAAGGUAUUGGUUAUUUUUAUUUAUUACAUUUUCUGAACAAAAAUAUUCAUAAAAUUCUGAGGAGAGUUGUUAUGUAAAAUGUAAAAAAUUUUCAUUUGAUUCUAUUAUUGUAAAUUAUAUUUUUUAAAAUUUCAAAUAAAGUUAACCCUCGAACUGUGGUUGGCCGACGAAAUCGGCCGACAUUCUGGUUCUGUGAUGUGGCAGCCGACAAAUUCGGCCGUUAAAAAACACGGUCCGAUAGCAAUUUCCAAUCCAAUAUUUAACCGAAAUCGUAGCCAUUUUCUUUUAUUAAUAACUAAAUCAACUUCCGGGCCAAGCUGUUUCUUGAUAACUUAACAAUAAGUACUUUUUAAUUGGAAUUUUAUAUCAAGAAAAAAAGGAAAAAUGACGGAAGCUAUGGCCGGGCCUUGAGUGCGAGAACUAAUAGAAAUAUUUUUGAAUGCUUUUUAGGAGAGGAUUUAAGUGAUACUGACGAUGAUUUUAACAUUCCCCAUGACAUCUCACUUCAGAUUUUUCUUUUGGUGAAUCUGACACUAGUCUUAGUGAUAGUGAAGUAGGUCUACUGAGGCUACUGUUAUACUUCAAGCCAGGCCUGGAGGUUGGGCAAGGACUGACUGAAUUUUAGUCACACAAGCUACAGAUUAUAGAUCAGAACUAAUAAAUUUUAUAGUUAAACAACCCAAAUCACUUCCACAGUUCCUUUUUAAAUGUUUACUAGUCAAUAAUAACUAUUUUGCCUGAGAUUUUGUAUUUUGUACUUGGUUUUAGCAGUGGUCCCAGUUUCUUAUAUAAAUGACCUAAAAUUACUAAAAUUGCUUUCAGAUGUGUAAAUGCAAUCAACACCGUAGCAAACUAUAUAUUUUCUGAAUUGGCUACAACAUUUAGAUUUGUGUUUUAAGUGUAUCUAUAAAAAUUAAUGAUGUUAUGAGCACUUGAAAGCAAGACAUUUUGUCGAUUUUGAUUUUCUUGAGAACUCCAAGGUCAAGGACAUGGAGCAACAUUAUUUUUACGGGAUGGGCAAAAUGGCCAACUUUAUCCCCAUCCAUUUACCUUUCUAAAAAUAUAUACUUAUAGGGGUCUUGUAUCAAUAUUUCUAUGUCAUUUAAUGCAAUUUCAAAAGCCACUCAAAAAGCUCUCAAAAGCUCCACACCACAGAAUGAUGCAUGCCACAGUUCGAGGGUUAAGCAAUGAGAAUGUGGACUUCUAAAAAAAUUAAAUUCCUGUUCAUCUUUCUAAGAGUGGGGAUGAGGAUGAUUGUUGGGUAAAAAAUGUCAGGAGGGGCUGCUACAGUUUCCAAACACAAUUAAUAAGAAUAUUUAAAAAGACGAAAGAGAUUUAUUUUAAAAGCACAACCUGAAAAUCUGAACUGAACAAAGUGCUGCAUGUAGCCCUCUUCUAUUCAGUGCUGCAUGUAGUAGCCCUCUUCUUUUCAGUGAUGUUUGUGUGCUUUGUAUGCUGCUAGUCCUUCUGUUUUUUCACAGGAAGGAUUUACAUAUAAAUUUACACACACAUACACACACACAUUUAUAUAUUUUUUUUGGUGUUUUUUUUUGUUACAGACAUUGCUUUCCAAAGAUAAGAAAAACCUAGAACACUUUAAUAAGCUCUUUGGGGCCUUAAGAUCACAAAAGACUGCAGACAAAAAUCCUUUGACAAGUCACAUAUUCGUACACGGCCUUGCUCUUCUGCUGUCGUUGGCAUUGAGUGAGUAUGUGCGGUGUUGACAUAAUUAUUAAUUAUAGAGUGACCCUAGUCUUGAUUUUAAAGCUAAAGUAACUAUGUUCAUUUUUAAAAAAAGGACUGUUCCUUAUUGACUGAUUAGUUCUGAAAUAUAUAUUUUAAUUUUACUCAAUACUUUAUGUCAGGUGAGAUCAUUUUUUAUUUAUUUAUCCAAACCAAUUAAACUUUGGUUUUAUUACACUUUACAUUUCUUUUUAUUUACCUUGUAUAAACAUACAGACAGAAAAAAAAAAAAUCCUUAUAAAUUUAACAAUUUUAACGUAAGAAAUUUUCAAAGUAAAUAUUCAAAUUUAAAGACAUGACACUUCUCUGAAUGAUAUCCACAUUGACUUAAAAAAAUAAUUAUUUGAUUUUGUAACAGACAUGGAGGGAAGGUUGUAAAUCUUAACAGAUUGGGGAACAAAUGAAUUUCUCGAUGUCCUCAUUAACAAACAUAAAGGAUUUGCCCUGUUCUUAAGUAACUCUAAUUUAGUGAGUAGGUUUUUUUCCUACUAUGUUAUAUAAAAAAAUAAUAACAUUAUGUUUUCAUUAAUUAGGAGGUAUUGAUCAUCUUGAAGGUCUGCAAGAGCUUUGUAAAACUGGAAUGGAAAUGAUCAAUAAGUUUUCCACCGAUGAAGAGAGGGUGAGACAAUUUAACAUGCCUAUGCUCCAUACACAUAGGAACAAAUCUUCAUGAAGGAUUAUAAAUUUGAGAUAAAAAAAAAAAAUUAAAAAAUUAUUGCAUUAAUGUUCCUAUGUUAAUUAUACUAUUUCAAAAUAGAGGAUUUUGUUGCGGAACCCAAAUAAAGAUUUUCAAUAAAUAACCUUCCCUUUUCUGAGUAUUUCAAGUAGAUGAUAAAAUGAGAUAAAAAAUUUUUGGGUUACAUAUUUUCAUUAAUCUCUUGUUCACUAUUUGUGCCAUCACAGUUGGAUGAUAUGCAGACGAUGUUGAUGUUCCAUAGGAACCAGAACAUAAGAAACUUAGCUUUUCCAGUCACCUAUGAACAAGACCAGAAGAAGCUGUUACAGGGUGAACUUCAUAGGCUCUUAUGCCCACUGCUCUGUGGCCCACUGCUGAUAAAAGUUGACAGCGAGAUGGUAUUUAUAUUGAAUUUAUAUAGGCCCACUGCUUAUAAUAGAUGACAGCAAGAUGGUAUUUAUAUUGAAUUUAUAUAGGCCCACUGCUUAUAAUAGAUGACAGCAAGAUGGUAUUUAUAUUCAUUUGAUACAACUGAUGUUUAAAUUAUCUUUUGCCAUGGUAAGAAAAAAAACAAUUACACUAGCUGCUAUUUAAGGGGAAGAAUAAAUUGUAUAUAAUUAUUCGUGCCAUCCGCAUAUUUGUUACUGAGAUUCUCAGAUUUAUGUUACCACAUGCUGACCAUGCGCUGCCCACUGUAACAAAGAACAUAGCCAAAAAGUUUCAUUUUCAUUGCUUUAUUGAGAGUUGUGGUCUGUCUUUGGUUGACAACAUACAGGCACCAUCUUGUCAUAUUUAUUAUUAACUGCACUGCGUUUUGAUCAGCUGAUGGGGGUUGUUUACAAAUUCAAGUUUUUAGUUAUAUUCAGUUGUAUCCUUUCUAGUGUCUGUAGUUUGAGGAUUAAAAUUUGUGAAAUUAAUAUCAUUUGAUUUCAUUGGAAUGGGGAAUACAUCAUUAGAGAAACGACGUCUUGUUUCAAAAAAUGAAUGUAAAAAUGUUGUUUUUUAUUUUUACUUGUUUUCCCCCCUGCAUGCAUGGUUAUUAGGAGACUCAUUUUUAAAAGAAAAUUUCUGAAUUUAUUCAUUUAAAGAGCAGUCAGGUUGUUAAUCGUCGUGCUUGCACAAACCAUUAAAAUUUGAUAAAUUAUAUAUAAAAAAACUGUACAACAGCAUGAAAACAAACUGUACAGGUUGGCAUUUAUGGUGAACACCUACGUUGGAGAUGUGUGUCGGUGGAUUCUCAAUAUGACUUCACCUCUGAGAUUUGUGGCUGCAACAAAUCUGCAGUGACAAUGCACCUUAAUGUGCGACAUAAAUAAUUCCAGGUUAUUCCAACAGCAACUUACUUAGAAGCUUUCCCCCAGUGUGUGUCUAAUUCAAACUUCCUUUUUUUAUAAUUAGCCUAAUUAUUAUUAGGUUGCAUAUUAUAAAUAAUAAUUAUUAUAAAUUUAACACUUUAUAAUUUGCUGACUUCAUAAUUCUUGUGCAGGAGAAAUUGCAUUGGUGUGAGCUGACAGGGUCAUUGAACAGUACAAAAGUUUUUAUUCGCAUGCACCUCCCACAAGAAAAUGACCACAGAAAGAAAAAUAAGAGCUCCUUUAGUCCGCAUCAGGAUGUUUACUACAAUGAACUUUCACAGCUCCAAAAAUUUAG